AUGGAAUCACCCGCUUUGCCCGGUGACCAGCAUACAAAUUUGCAAGCUGACCGAAAUAUCAUGUCGGCGGCCACUACACGAUUCGAGCAGGUACCUCCAGACAGUCAACUGUUGCGCGGACGAUCCAAAUCUUUGGGUCUGGGCUCCUUUGCUUGGACUUCCUUACCCCCUCGUCUUCCCAUGGAUUAUAUUAAUGACACAGUCUCUAUGGCGACGGGGGUUCCGUACAAAGCAAGAUCCUGGGAACCCACUUUGGAAAAGGCCAUCAAGGCCAUCGUCUCCAUUAAAGCCAGUCAUGUACGAAGCUUUGACACCGAGACUUCCGGCGCCUACACGGCCACAGGUUUUAUCGUCGAUGCUGAACGCGGCAUCAUUCUCACCAAUCGCCAUGUUGUCUCGCCAGCUCCCAUCGUAGCUCAAGCCGUUCUUACCAAUUAUGAAGAAGUGGAUCUCAAACCUGUAUACCGUGAUCCUGUUCAUGAUUUUGGUUUUAUGCAGUUUGAUCCUACAAAAAUCAAAUUUAUGGAACUGGAACAGAUAGAGCUUAGUCCAGAACGUGCAAAAGUAGGCUUGGAUAUUCGUGUGGUUGGUAAUGAUGCAGGUGAGAAGCUCAGUAUUCUGGCGGGGACUUUAGCCCGAUUGGACCGACGUGCGCCUGAAUACGGGAUUGGCGAAUACAACGAUUUCAACACUUUUUACCUCCAAGCGGCCUCGGGCACCAGUGGUGGCUCAUCCGGUAGCCCUGUGUUGGAUAUUGAUGGUCAUGCUGUAGCUCUCAAUGCUGGAGGAGCUAGCCGCGCUUCUUCCAGUUAUUAUCUACCUUUGGAUCGUGUCAAACGCGCGCUUACCUUUGUGCAGCGUGAAGUUCAAGUACCGCGUGGUACCUUGCAAUGCGAAUUCGAGUAUCUCCCUUACAAUGAAGUCCGUCGCUUAGGUUUGAAAGCUCAUAUUGAAGAAAAAGUGCGUCACAAGUUCCCUGACGAGACCGGCAUGCUUGUCGUGAAAUCCAUCCUCCCCAAGGGUCCAGCCGAUACCGUCCUGGUACCAGGUGACAUUAUCAUUGGUUGCAACGGCAAAAUGGUGCCCCACUUUAUCGCCCUCUUUGAAGUCAUUGAUGAUUCCGUGGGCAAUGACAUCAAGCUUACCAUUAGCCGUGGCAAAAAGGUUCAGGAUGUGACGGUCCGCGUGCAGGAUCUGCACAGCAUCACGCCUGAUCGAUUUGUCGAAAUUGGUGGCGGUAUCGUGCAUGAUUUAUCAUACCAGUUGGCAAAAUCAUACUCGCAACCUGUAUCCGGUGUUUACGUAGCCACCUCGGGUCAUAUGCUGGCAAGUGCAAGUGCGUGGCGAAAGAGUAUCAUUGUGAGUGUGAAUAACAUUCCCACACCCAAUUUGGACGCCUUCAUCGAAGCCAUGAAAACAUUGCCCGACGGUGCACGUGUCCCUAUUCGCUUUUAUGCACUCCAUAAAGCAUACAAAGAUAAAGUCAUGAUUAUGCAGGUCGAUCGUCAUUGGCAUAAAUUCCGAUUAGCUACCCGAAACGAUCUUACCGGAUUAUGGGACUUUGAGGACAUGCCUCCUCCGCCGCCAAGACUGUCGUACACACCUUCGACAGCCACUUUCCCGACAUUGGAUUCCUCCUUGGCUCUGGCCCAAAAACUCAUGCCGUCCUUUGUCGCCAUUGAUUUCUACCUUCCAUAUCUUGUGGAUGGCAUGAAAGCCACCCAAUUCUACGGCAGUGGUUACAUUGUGUCUACCAACCCUCCAUUGAUUGUUUGCGAUCGUGACACCAUCCCCAUUGGUUUAGGCGACAUUUUCAUCACUUUCGCCAACAGUAUCAUUAUUCCGGGCAAGUUGUUGAUGUUACAUCCCUUCUAUAACUUUGUGCUUGUGACCUAUGAUCCAUCCUUGAUUGGUCAAACCACUGUGAAGGCCAUUGAAUUUACAAACGAGGAACUGAACCAAGGUGAUGAGACCCACUUUGUUGGCAUUGGCAACGAUCACUCGAUCAUUCAAAAGAAGGUGACGAUUAGCUCUGUUUCCAAUGUCGGUACACGUGAAUGCUCGCCUCCACGUUGGCGCGCCAUGAAUGUGGAAGGCAUUUCCGUCGAUGAUUCACUUAAUUCUCAAGGCGGUCUAUUGACCGAUGACGAUGGCAAGGUACACGCCCUCUGGGUCAGUUAUUCGUCUCAAAACGACAAAGGCAAGGAUAUCUCGUUUAUGUCUGGCUUGGCCAGUUGUUUGGUCCAACCGGUCGUCGAUAAAUUCCUCAAAGGGGAAAAGCUUACAUUCAAGGGUCUCGAUGUGGAAUUGUGGACCAUGCGUAUCGCGGCGGCGCGUACCCUGGGCUUGCGCGAUGAAUGGGUCAAGAAGAUUGAACAAAGUGGAAGCAAACGACACACUUUGUUGUACGUGCUGAAUGUCUUGGACGAACGUAGCGCGUGUGCCAAGGUGUUGCACGUCGGUGACAUUAUUCUUACCGUCAAUGGUGAACUCAUCACACGCAUGUCACAUAUGAAUCAAGUCCAUGAACAAGAUAAAAUCAAUAUGGUCAUUUUACGUAAUGGUCAGGAAAUCGAAGUUGAAGUACCUACCAGUCAAUACAGCAGCUACGAGACAAAGCGCGUCAUCGGAUGGCAAGGUGCAUUGAUUCAACGUCCUUACAAGUCUGUAUUGGAGCAAGUUCGCAAUGCGCCUACUGGAGUCUAUGUGAGCUGUACCUUGUACGGUUCACCGGCAUCCAAUGUCCUGCGACCCGGUGUAUGGAUAGUGGAAGUCCAAGGCAAACCGGUCAAGGACUUGGAUUCAUUUUUGGAAGUCGUGCAUCGUUAUGAAGCCGAAAUGUGUCGUCGCCGUCGACCCAGUUACAUCCCACCCGUUCGCCGCUCUGUUGAGGAACGCGCGUCGUUGACUUUUACCGAUGAGGAUGCGCUGAAAUCCGAUGACACUGAAGAAGACGACGAUAACAAUGACGAAGGCUACAUCCGCAUCAAGACAGUCUCUCGUAAUGAAACCGUCCGUGUGGUCGCCGUAAAAUUGGAUUUACACUACUGGGAUACUUGGCAGUUGUUGCAAGCUCCAAACGAAGAGUGUGGAUGGAUCUGUAAAGACGCUUAA